UUAGUUUUCUCUUUGGGAAAGAAGCCCAGAAGUGAAGACUCAGGUUCCUGUGUUUUCACCUGUGACAUAUUUUCACUGUUACACUGAUUUUUUUUUUUUUUCCAUUUGUAAAACUGAAGGACAAAAAGAACACGGGGAGGAGAACAAACGUUUUGUGAAAAAAAAUCAACUGCAUUGAUGAUCUGUCAUUUUACUUGCUCUUUUCUCUGCUGUGGCAGUUUCACCAACCAUGAAUUGUUGCCAGACUUCAUCAAGCCAUUGGGUUUUUCCGACUGUCAUUCUCUGCUUAUUUGGAUUUUUCACAAUGAUGAAACCAUCAGAGCCGUUUGUCGUACCUUAUUUGGCGGGACCAGAUAAAAAUAUAAGCCUCAGCGUGAUCACAAAAGACAUCUUUCCCGUUUGGACGUACUCUUACCUGGUGCUGCUGCUCCCUGUGUUUGUCCUCACCGAUUACGUCCGCUACAAGCCCGUCAUCGUCUUACAAGGGAUUAGCUUCAUCAUUACCUGGCUGCUGCUCUUGUUUGGCCAAGGAGUGACAUCCAUGCAGGUUGUCGAGUUCUUCUAUGGUAUGGUGACUGCCACCGAGGUGGCCUACUACGCCUACAUAUACAGCGUGGUCAGCCCAGAGCACUACCAGAAAGUCAGCGGCUACUGUCGGAGCGUCACGCUGGUGGCCUACACGGCAGCCUCCGUGCUGGGCCAAGUCUUGGUAUCGCUGGCGAACCUGUCGUACUUUUACCUCCAUGUCAUAACCAUGGCCUCUGUCUCUGUGGCCUUUAUUUUCUCACUUUUUCUACCAAUGCCCAAGAAAAGCAUGUUUUUCCACGCAAAGCCCAACAAAGAAGCUCCUCAAAAGCUACCACGAGAGGAUGCUGUCUUAGGGGAAACUCAAAAGGAUCACAAAGAAUUAGGAAACCAGCUGAGCAGCCCAAGGCCAAACAAUGUGGCUUUGGGAGUUUUCGUGCAGUGGUUCCUGGAUUUGAAGGAGUGCUACUCCUCAAAGCAUCUUUUUUACUGGUCCUUGUGGUGGGCUUUUUCCACAGCAGGUUUCAACCAGGUUUUAAAUUAUGUUCAAAUCCUGUGGGAUUUCAAGGCACCGUCUCAAAGUUCUACAAUAUAUAAUGGAGCGGUAGAAGCCCUGGCAACCUUUGGGGGGGCCAUAGCGGCCUUCACAGUGGGCUACAUGAAAGUCAACUGGAAUCUUCUGGGAGAGCUGGCCUUGGGAAUCUUCUCAGCCGCAGAUGCAGGCUCUCUAUUUCUCAUGCAUUUCACAGCUAAUAUUUGGGUGUGCUAUGCCAGUCUUUUGAUAUUCAAGUCAAGUUAUAUGCUCCUUAUAACCAUAGCAGCAUUUCAGAUUGCAGUUCAUCUAAGUGUGGAGCGCUAUGCCCUGGUGUUUGGCAUCAACACCUUCAUUGCCUUGGUGAUUCAGACCAUCAUGACUGUGACUGUGGUUGAUGACCGAGGACUGGGGCUUCCUGUCAACAUUCAGUUUUUAAUUUAUGGAAGUUAUUUCUCAGUCAUUGCUGGAAUUUUCCUAAUGAGAAGCUUUUACAUAAUCUAUGCAGCCAAAUGCGGAAAGAACAAAUGUAGUCCUGCAACUGGUAGGAAUCCAAAUGAAUCUGGGGACUCCAUUCCUGAUGUGAGCACAGUAACACGGUUUUAGCCUGGUCUCUCCUGCCACGGACUCAGAAGGCAAGCUGCCACGAUGGAGGAUAUAUGGUGCUAAACUGCAUGGCAUUGUAAUGUUUCAUCCUAGAUGAAGGUAAAAGACUAGACUAUCAUGAACCUCAUCAAAACCACGUCAAAACCUCUGCCAGUGAACUGAAUACAACCAAAUGAUUUAAUCGACCAGAUUGAAACAAACCAUCUACAUGGCCUCAGUGAGCAACUGGAGCCCAAAAUACUGUUUCAGCACAUUCAAGCCCACCCCAGAACUACAUAGAAAUAAAAAGUGACCAUUUGCAGAAACAUGAAGGAUCCUAAAGUGAAUAACAUAUCUUAGCCUUCUAUGCCCUACCUCAUAAAAGUGUGAUUUGUUUUAAUUUGAAGAAUAGAUAAAGAAAUGUAUAGUGCAGAUCUGACACAUGGUAAGUGGUCAAUAUGUGAUAACCAUGAUUAUUAUACUUAUAUUAUAUACCAACAUAAAAAGUUAGAAUGUGGGCAAAUACUUAGUGCCUGAAAUCCAAGGCAAAAGAAUUAAGGAAAAAUUUUAAUUAAACUUCACCACCACCUUGCAUGGAAAGACUAAAUAUUAUAAAGAUUUCAGUUCCCAGAUUUAUGUAAAAGUUUGUCACUAUUUGUGAGUCAAUUUUAAAUGUCAAUUUGACUAGAUUAUAGUCUUCCUUUAUUCAAUCAAGCACUAACUAUAGGUGUUGCUGUGAAGUAUUUUACAGAGGUGAUUACAGUCAUAAUCCAUUGAUUUUAAAUAAGGGAGAUAAUCCUAAAUAAUGUGGGUGGGCCUGAUUCAAACAGGAGAAAGACUUUCAGAGCAGAGCUGGGGCUUCUCUUGAAAACGAGAGGUUCCAUCUGUGAACGGGAGCUUCCGCCCAUGCCUGAGAGCCUCACCCCUUCUGAUGGGCUAGCCUGUGAAUUUUGGACUGCUUUGCAAGCCCCCAUAAUCAUGCAAGCCAAUUCUUUGAAAUUAAUUUCUUAAUAUAUGUCUUUUACCGGU